AUGGACAACCCACAGCCAGGCUCCCUGAGCUGGCGACUAAGUUCGCACCCCAUCACCCUCCUCUGCUUCCUCGGUUUCCGCCUGUGUAAGAACCACCCUGUCCAUACCAAACAGAUGCACAAAGCUAAUCUAUUCUCUCCUCCACACAGCANNAGUCUCCUCACCUACCUCUUCGGCCUCUACUUUAGCCAAAACUACGUCCUCAUCUUCAUCAUCACAAUCAUCCUCCUCGCCAUCGAUUUCUACUAUCUCAAAAACAUUGCUGGCAGAAGAUUGGUGGGCUUGCGCUGGUGGAAUGAAGUCAACGCUCAGUCUGGCGACGGCAACUGGGUGUUUGAGUCUGCGGAACCGGAGACCAGACAGAUCAAUGCUACGGAUAAGAGAUUCUUUUGGCUGGCGCUGUAUUCGCAGCCUGUGAGUUGGGUUGCGCUGGGUAUUGUUGCCAUCUUUAGAUUGCACUUUAUUUGGCUGAGUUUGGUUGGUAUGUUGUUGUCUUUGCUCAAAACUUUGAGUUGGAUAUGGAGUUGCUAA